ACCACGGUGAACCGCGGAAUGAUCAGCGCAAUGAAGUCUCCGCGCGUCAAGAUCUUGUGCCGCUGACAGGAGCGGAGGGCCAACGUGCCGCUCCAAUCGGCUCUCGAGGACCCAGUGAGGCGGAGGGAUAGCCAGCCAAGCUCGGGGAGUCAAUUUAAGCGCAUUUGAAACCGACGAUCUGGCGAAGUUCUUAAAAAACUUGGAAAGGACUGCUGUGACUUUUUGCCAAAUCGCUGCUUCUCGCAGAGCCAUAAGGGAAGCAGGGGAGCUGAACUGCCGCCGCAUUCUUUCUUUUGUUCGGCAAGUUUUCAAGGAAAUUCACACAGGGGGGUAACAGCGUCUUAAGUGAGGGUGAGAGCACCAAGAGCACUUGGAUUUUUCUCAUUGAUGUUUCUGAAACCUCAGUCCUUAGACACACAAGCAAAUCUUUUCAUUACUGUGGAAUACCGAUUUGAAAACUUUAUUUGGUGAGCUUAGCUUAACCAAACAGCAGAACUUUCUUUAUUCUAAGGCUUUUUUUUAAUUUAGAAAGAAUUUGUACCACUUGUUUUCCAGCCACAUGCAUUUGUUUUACAAGACGUGUGAAUAUGAGCGUAACCUUUAAGCCAUAACUUUUUUUUAAUGUGCAGGACUGAACAUUUUGGAGUAAUGAUUUUAUUUUAAAGUAACUUUUUGUUUUCUCGAUCCAUGGCGCUUUCUUCGCUUACCGGACUUUCACUAGUCAGUCUACUGAGCUUUGGCUAUUUGUCCUGGGAUUGGGUGAAGUCAGGUGUCCUGGAGAACGAACCUUCCAUUUAUCCCCAGAAAACCUUCCAGCUGAGGACUAAGUCGCCUCCGCAUAUCAUUUUUAUUCUUACCGACGAUCAGGGCUUUCACGAUGUCGGAUAUCAUGGCUCUGACAUUGAAACCCCAACUUUGGACAAGCUGGCGUCCGAAGGGGUGAAACUGGAGAACUACUACGUGCAGCCCAUCUGCACCCCCUCGCGCAGUCAGCUCAUCACCGGCAGGUAUCAGAUUCACACUGGACUCCAGCACUCCAUCAUUCGGCCACGCCAGCCCAACUGCCUGCCCCUAGAACAGGUGACCCUUCCACAGAAGCUGCAGGAGGCAGGCUACACCACUCACAUGGUAGGAAAGUGGCACUUGGGCUUUUACAAGAGAGACUGCUUGCCCACACGGCGAGGAUUUGACUCCUACUUUGGCUCCCUUACGGGCAGUGUAGACUACUACUCGUAUGAUUCCUGUGAUGGGCCGGGCAUGUGUGGCUUUGACUUGCACGAAGGCGAGACAGUGGCGUGGGAGCAGAGUGGCAAAUAUUCGACUCACCUCUACACUCAGCGGGUUAAGAAAAUCCUAGCAACCCAUGACCCUCGUCAGCCAAUCUUCAUCUUCUUAUCUUUCCAGGCAGUGCACACACCGCUUCAGCCCCCUAAAGAGUACAUCGACAAGUACAAAGACAUGGGAAGCGUGGUACGGCGUAAGUACGCAGCUAUGGUGACCUGCAUGGAUGAAGCUGUCAAAAAUGUGACCUACUCACUCCGCAAGUAUGGCUAUUACCAAAAUAGUGUAAUUAUUUUCUCCACUGACAAUGGUGGGCACCCCUUCUCUGGAGGCAGCAACUGGCCUCUACGGGGGCGCAAAGGAACAUACUGGGAAGGUGGGGUUAGGGGCCUAGGAUUUGUCCACAGCCCUCUUUUGAAACGCAGGAGGCGUGUGAGCAAAGCCUUGGUGCACAUCACAGACUGGUAUCCCACUUUGGUCAGCCUGGCAGGAGGGAACAUUUCUGACUCUGAAGGGCUUGAUGGCUUUAACGUGUGGCCGGCCAUCAGUGAGGGCAAAGAGUCACCACGCAUAGAGAUCCUACACAACAUUGAUCCACUAUAUAACCAUGCCAGAUCAGGAUCCUGGGAGAAAGGCUACUACCUGUGGAACACCGCAGUGCAAGCGUCCAUUCGCUUUGGGGACUGGAAACUGCUGACAGGUGAUCCUGGUUACAGUGACUGGAUUCCACCCCAGACUCUGUCUGACUUUCCUGGGAGCUGGUGGAAUCUGGAGAGGCGCACAGAUAUUUUGAAGAAAUCCGUCUGGCUCUUCAACAUCACUGCUGACCCCUACGAGCGUUACGACAUCUCGGAGCAACAUGCUGAUGUAGUGCGGCAGCUGCUCGCCCGACUGGCCUACCACAACAGAACUGCCAUCCCAGUCCGCUACCCUGCCGAUGACCCACGGGCAAACCCAGAACUGAACGGGGGUGCCUGGGGACCAUGGGUUGGUGACGAGGAAGAUGACCACUGGGAUGAUAUUGUAUGGACGAAGAGCAAAUCCAGAAAGAAAUGUAAGCAGUGCAAACUGAGGCCCUACUUUAGAAAAAUGAACUCCAGGAUAAUGUCCAACAGAAUAUGAGCACCACAUUGGGCCGUCCCGGGGGGUCGGCACAAUGUGCACAGUCAACACGAAAUUUUCAUGAAGCUGGAGUGCUUUGACAAAAUCCUUGGGUAAAGAGAACUUUUUAGAAAAUAACUGAAAUAUACUGCAGCAUCCUUAUUUGUUCAUUCUUAAAGGGCACUUGAAGUUAAAAUAAUUAAAAAAAAAAGAGUAAUUUCCUGAAUAUCGGCACAAAUGUAUUUCCACAAUGAGAAAUUGAGUCCAACAAUAUGCAUCCCUGAUAAAGACAAUGCA